AUGGAGAAAAUGCUGGUUUGCAUUCUUCUUCUUCCUCUCUUUAUCAUAGUUUGUGCAGAUGAGUUCUCAGAAUCUGAAUCUUUCUUCAGUUUCAUGAGAGCCAUUGAUCCCCAAAAUGUACUUAACAUGAGCAACCUGGGAUUUUCAUUACAUCCAUGCUUGCUUGAGAUCAGUGGUAUCAUAAGAUGCAACUCAGAUGCUUCCAAUAUUGUAGACAUAAGCCUUCAGAACAUGAAUCUUAGUGGCAUAAUCAAUGCAGAUUCCUUAUGUAGGCUUCAAAAUCUGGAAAGUGUUAACUUAGCUGAGAAUCGCAUCAGAGGAAACAUUCCUGACUCAGUUGUGCACUGCACAAGGCUGGUGUAUUUGAAUCUAAGCAGCAAUCAGCUGAGUGGGAGGGUACCUAAAACCUUAACAAAACUGAGAUAUCUCAGAACAUUUGACAUCUCUAACAACGAUUUUUCUGAGGAUUCUAGAUUAUCAGAGAGGAAUAGUAAAAGUGAGGGAUUUAAGUUAAGGAAACUGAUGCAAGAUCCAUCAGAAUCAAGUCCUCCUGACAACAAUGAAUCUGGCAGGUCCAAAAGCAAAUGGUAUACAGAUUGGAAAAAGUUGGCACCAAUACUGGGAGGUGUUGGAUUGUUAUCAUUAGCUCUUUUCUUUAUAGGAAAGAAAGCUCCCAAGUUAAAUGAAGGGAAGGAGAAGAUGGAAACCCUUGGAGAUUCUCUGGCCGAGACACAGAAACAAGAACUUUCAGAAGAUGUGAAGAUGAAGAAGAGAUCAGAUUCAGAGCUUGUGUUCUUUGUUGAAGAGCAUGAAAGGUUCACAUUGGAGGACUUGCUUCAAGCCACAGCUGACUUGAGAAAUGAAAGCUUUUGCAGCAGCCUUUACAAGGUAAUACUGAAGAAUAAUAUGCAUUAUGCCGUGAAAAGGCUAAAGAAUUUGCAGGUAUCUUCUGGUGAAUUUGGAGAAACAUUGAGGCAGUUAAGUUACCUGAAACAUCCAAACAUUCUUCCCCUUGUUGGCUAUCGCUCUACAAGUGAAGAAAAACUUCUAAUUUAUAAAUAUCAAAGCAAUGGAAGUCUGCUAUUCCUUCUAAAAGAAUAUAUGCAAGGUAAAAAAGAAUUCCCAUGGAAACUGAGACUGUCCAUAGCAGCUGGGAUUGCAAGAGGUUUGGGGUUCAUUUAUCAGAAUAUGGAAGGUAGAAAGAUCAUUCCUCAUGGAAACCUCAAGCUUUCAAAUAUCCUUCUUAAUGACAAAAAUGAACCUCUGAUCAGUGAGCAUGGACUAUCAAAGUUCUUAGACCCUAACACAUCAUUCUUCUUUGCCUCUCAUGGAUACACUGCUCCAGAAAACAGUUUGACAGAGAAAAGUGAUGUUUUUAGUUUCGGAGUGAUUCUCUUGGAACUGCUAACAGGAAAAAGUAUAGAAAUAAACAGCAUAGACCUACCUAGAUGGGUGACAUCCAUGGUGAGAGAGGAAUGGACAGGAGAGGUGUUUGAUAAAGGAGUUAGAGAAACUGAAUAUCAGUGGGCAUUUCCUGUGCUGAACAUCGCCCUUUUGUGCGUGUCGCGUGUCCCCAAAAAUCGACCAACCAUGGAAGAAGUUUUGGAGAGAAUAGACAAGGUCAUGCAGGAGUAUGAACAUGUUCAGAUGUUGCAGGAUGAACAUGGUUCAACAUGUUGCAAUAAUGGAAGCCAUGAAGUUAUUUGUUCACUGCACAAGAUCAUACCAGAAACAUGGGACUCUCCUGGAUCAAAUUACUGAUAUUGUGCUUGAUGGGCCGAUUUCACCUAGUAAAAUAAGGCUGCUUGUUGUUGUAGAUGAAGCAUGGUCAUCUGGAGUGUGAACCUAGCACAAACAAAGAGAAACAUUCCUCUUCCCCGUGACAAGUAGUGGCAUCAUCUAGCAGAUGAGCAUGGGAAACCUUGAUAUCAUCUGUU